CACACGUUCCCCGUCGUGCAUAGAUACGCGUGGACAUAAGUAGGCAUAACAAAUCGAAUGACGAUACUGUUGCAGGUGAAAAUGAUGUAAGAGAAUCCCUAAAAAAAGACAGGUCAUGGUCGUAAACUCUCCGUCUCCUCUUCCAGAGAGAGCCAUCUAUGGCUUUGUUUUAUUCCUCGGCUCACAGUUUGGCUUCUUUCUGUAUUGUGUUUGGGCAUACAUCCCAGAGGAGUGGCUCCAUUCAGUUGGACUCACUUACUGGCCUCAAAAAUAUUGGGCACUGGCUGUGCCAAUCUACCUGCUGGUCGCAUUGACCAUCUGUGUGGUGAUGCUUUACGGAGUGAACAUGUACAACACGGCUCCACUUGACUCUCUUGACAACAUUACUGAUGUAUAUGCAAGAGGCCAAGUGAAUGAAGUCCCCCAGAAGGGCCAAAUACCAAGACUGAAAGACGUGCCCAUCAGUGAAGUCAACAAAAUGUUCUACUUGUCGUCUAAAUGAUGAACACGUUUGUUUUUGUUGGAUGGAGGAAACGUGACUGGAAAAGUUGUGCAAUGGUUAAAUGUUUUUUAAUAAAAUUAUAUAUUCUUUA